AUGCCCUUAAUAAUAAUAUGCGGUACACCAGUAAGUGGUAAAACUACAAGAACAUAUGAACUAAAAGACUUUUUCGAAAAACAGCAUCAAAAGGAUGUUGAUAUAAUAUCAGAAGAAGAAUCAAUUGCAAAAUUAGGAUAUGAAAAAAAUUCUACAUAUUUAGAUUCCCAAAAAGAGAAAAGAGUAAGGGCAUAUUUAAAAUCGGAGGUAAUUAGAUUAAUUGGAAAAGAUAAUGUAGUAAUUCUAGAUGGAAGCAAUUAUAUUAAAGGGUACCGUUAUGAACUAUAUUGUGCAUCAAAAGCUUGUAAAUCGACACAAUGUACAAUUUACACUAUUCGAAACCAUGAUGAAGCGUGGAAAGAUAAUGAGAUAUGGUUAAAUGAGAUGAAUGCCAAUAAAAUAACAAACAAUUAUAGCGAAUCAAAGAGCAAACAACCUAUUCCAUACACUGAGGAGGUAUUUAAUGCCCUAAGUAAAUUAAGAUUUGAAGAGCCAAAUUGUAACCACAGAUGGGACAGUCCUCUUUUUACUGUGCAAACUACUGACACUUUAGAUUUAGAUGCAAUUUAUAGUGUCCUUUUUGAGAAGAAACCACCUCCACCUAACAUGAGCACUCAAAAUCCACCGCUGAGUUCUACUAAUUUCCUAUAUGAAUUAGACAAAGUAACACAAUCUAUAUCUAAGCAGAUAUUAGAUGCAAAGCAACUUAACCUAGAUGAAGUGAAAUUCCCAGACUACUCAGGAUGCAACUUAGAAACUGGAUUUGUUGACAAUAUCAACCCUCAGAAGCUUUUGAUACUUAGAAGACAGUUCUUAACAUAUGCCAAGAUGAACCAUUCUAAUGAAAAUGCGAAUAAAAUUGGAAGAUAUUUCAUUCAAUAUUUAAACAAAACACUAUUAGAU